AUGUCUGCAGCAGCUACGACCAGACAAUCUGGAACAUCAGGCUCGGCGACCAAGGACAACAAGCCCAAACGAACUAGGAAACGGAUGAGGAACAAGAAGCGUACCACCGAAGUUGAAGACAGCAGCAGCGACGACACGAGCGACGACGAAGAAAAGUUCAACGUCAAAGUUGCACUGGCCGCAGAGCCAAAGGUAACACCGAAAAAGUCGACACCUGACUCGGACUCGGAUUCUGAUUCGGAUUCUGAUUCUGACUCGGACAAAGAUGGAGAAGAAGCCGAGCUGGACGGGAAGCGCAAGAGGAAGCGAAAACGUACUCAAAAGAACAAGACCAAAGACAACGCUGGCAAGCCCACAGCUCCGUCCACAAACACCCUUGCAACAACAAACGCAGCGAUACCAGUGAGUCUGGCUCCGCAUCAGAUCGGUCCCGAUCCAAACACUGAUCUGCGAUUGAGCGAUCAGGCCAAGCAGGCGAUCCAAUACGCUCAAGUCUACGUCAAGGACAAGUCGCAAUGGAAGUUCAACAAGGCGAAGCAGAACUGGCUUUUACGCAAUGCGCUCUCAGUACCGCCGUCCGACUACGACGCAUCUCUUGCCCGAAAGCAAGUCGAAAGCUCUUCGGCUACAGAAGGCGCAGCGGAGGACGCAGAGACAGCCGAGGACGGAGAAAACUUUGUCCCGAACGACUUUGUGCCUGUCGUGAGUGCGUAUCUGACUAGUGUGAUGGGCGGUGCUCGUCAGAGGCUGAUCGAGUCACUCAAGGAGGCAAUCAAUGCACCUGUCGUCUCAAUAUCGCCACCACAACCUUCGACAGAAGACGAGGUCGACAAAGCGAUAAGCACAAAUGAACAGAGUAUCGACGGUGCAACAGCCGAAGGUGAACGGAAAAAAUCAGUUUCAUUUGCUAACUUGGCUCUCGAGUCGGAGCAAAAAGAGGAAGCGGCCGAAGCAGCAGGGCUUCCGGCCGGUACGGAUCCCCAAGCCGUAGAGUUGCGCAGACAACGGGCGAAACAAAUGCUGAACCACAUGGGCGAGGUUUUGUGA